AUGCAAAGAGUACGCAAUAAACCGGUUAAAUCCGACGGAGGAGCCACGACGGCUUCCGUUAAGCAUUUAAUCAGACAGAGAGGCGGCGGCGGUGAUACGGCGGCUGUGGAGGUUUCCAGGUCGGCGGCGAAUGAUAACAGCCUCUUGACUGAUAUGCAGGAACCCAGCAUCGAUACCGACAAACUCAGCUACGAGAUUUUCUCGAUUCUCGAGAGCAAAUUUCUGUUCGGUUACGACGACGGCCCCAAAAUCUCGGUUCCUCGGAAUUUGAACCCGAAAUCCGAGCCCGAACCGGUGAAUUCGGCGAUUGCGAUUGACGCCGCUCCUGGAUCGAUUAAGAACCAGAGAGGGAAAAUCUGUAUCCUGAGCAUCGACGGAGGAGGCCUGCGAGGGAUCUUGCCCGGAAAGGCGUUGGCUUAUCUGGAACACGCUCUGAAAUCGAAAUCGGGCGACCCGAACGCCCGAAUCGCCGAUUACUUCGACGUGGCCGCCGGGUCCGGUAUCGGCGGUGUUUUCACGGCGAUGCUGUUCGGGUCGAGAGACGGUAAAAGCCCCAUCUUCCCAGCAGAGGACACGUGGCAGUUCCUAACGGAAAACGCAAAGGGUCUCUACGGGUCCUCGUCUUCUUCUUCGCUCGUGAAACGGGUCCUGAGAACCGGGCCGGGUUGUUCCGGGACGUCCAAGCUGCAGAGAGUGAUGAUGGAGUGUUUCUCGGAGCUGACCUUAAAGGACACGCUAAAGCCGGUGCUCAUACCUUGCUACGACCUCAAAAGCUCGGCUCCGUUUCUCUUCUCACGCGCCGACGCGCUCGAGACCGACGGGUACGACUUCCGCCUGUGGGAGGUUUGCAGGGCGACUUGGGCAGAGCCAGGGGUGUUCGAGCCGGUGGAGAUGAAAUCAGUGGACGGGCGUACCAAGUGCGUGGCGGUCGGUGGAGGAUUAGCCAUGACCAAUCCAACCGCGGCUGCGAUCACGCACGUGCUCCACAACAAGCAGGAGUUCCCGUUCGUGAGAGGAGUUGAGGAUUUGCUUGUCUUGUCUCUCGGUAUGGGUCAGUUCAGCUAUGAAUACGACCGGAUCAUCAAGUGGACGGCUAAGCAUUGGGCUCGCCCCUCAGCUCUUAUCUCCAACGACGGUGCUGCCGACACCGUCGAUCAGGCUGUGGCAAUGGCUUUUGGCCACUGCCGCAGCAGCAACUACGUUCGGAUUCAGGCGAAUGGGACGAGCUUGGGACCGUGCAGGCCAAACAUAGACACAGACCCGAGUGGGAGCAGUGUGAAUAUGCUGGUUGGAGUAGCGGAGGAGAUGCUAAAGCAAAAGAAUGUAGAAUCGGUUUUGUUUGGAGGUAAAAGAAUCGGUGAACAGAGCAAUUACGAGAAGCUGGACUGGUUAGCCGGGGAACUUAUUCUCGAGCAUCAGAGGAGAAAUUGUCGAAUUGCACCAACCGUGGCGUUCAAGCAAUCCGUCCAUAGGGCAGAUCAGAAGACUAGGGACAAGGAUAUCGGUGUGACCGCUAGAGAACGAUGA